AUGAGCGCCGGAGCUGUGGUGAUUACAGGAGGAGUUCUAGCUGCUCUCAUUCUGCUGUGUAUCAUUACAGUGCUGUGUUACUGCCGACUCCAGUAUUAUUGCUGCAGACGUGGUGAUGUGGACGUCGGUGCCGCCGCUUCGGACUCUGACGCUCGUUUGUGUUCCAAUGGUGACGUGGGGUGUGAGGACGCAGCCGCCGAGACACUGCCGGCAUUGACCUACGACCCCGUCCUGACCCCCACGUACUGCCCAGCCUGCUUCAUGCACUACCCCCAUGACGAGGUGUGCUACUGUAAUAAGCUGCUGGCGCUGCCGGCACCGGGAGAACUCCGCCAGGGUCUGACUGCGCUCGGCACGGCCGCCAUGAUACACCAACACUGCUACACCAACACAGACGCCAUCAGCACCGACGUCUGACCGCAUACACAUCACGCUAACGGCUAGUCACCUAGCACCCAGGGGUGGGGGAGUGCUGGGAGUCACUACUGUUCCAUUCUGUGUUCUGCAUGUGAUAAUGAGAACCGGUUCAGUUCCCUAACCACCACACGCCCCCCGAGAACCUUCACUCAUAUCAUCAAAUUAUAACGUUUUUAUUAAUAAUUAUCAUACAAAACUUCAGUUCCGGAAAUGUUUAAAAGGCUUCAGAUUAGUACAGUGGUGGAUAAAGUAGC